GGUACCAGUUGGUAUUGGUGAAGGUGUCAAAAAAGAGGUUAGGUGUUUGAUGUACGAAGAGAGUUUUGUUGUUACAGCGUAACUUAUAAUUUUGUGUUAUAACAUUAUACGCAGUGUCUCUAAAUAGUAUCCAAAAUCUACCAAACGAGUCUACGAUGCCGCCAACUAUACAAAAUGGCACCAACACAACUCAAGAAAAACGCCCCGUUAAACCAGCAGAAAAAAAAUCGGACUUGAUAUGCAGAGUAAAGUAUUGCAACACGUUGCCCGAUAUUCCUUUUGAUUUAAAAUUUAUUUCAUACCCUUUUGAUUCGUCUCGAUUCAUUCAAUUUAACCCAACUUCAUUAGAACGCAAUUACAGAUAUGAAGUACUAACAGAGCAUGAUUUAGGCGUUGCUAUUGAUUUAAUUAACAAAGAUAUCUAUGCCGUUGAACCUGGGGCAAUGCUGGAUCCUGCUGAUGAGAAACUUUUAGAAGAAGAUAUUUUAACACCACAAGACUCUAAACGCUCCAGGCAUCAUGCUAGAUCAGUGUCGUGGCUUCGUAGAACGGAAUAUAUUUCCACUGAGCAGACACGUUUUCAACCACAAACCAUGGAUAAAGUUGAAGCUAAAGUUGGCUACAGUAUUAAGAAGAAUUUGAAAAAUGAAACGUUGUAUAUGGAUCGAGAUUCCCAAAUUAAAGCUAUUGAGAAGACAUUCAAUGACACACUAAAUCCAAUUGAAAAACACUACAGCAAACCAAAUGUUACAGCAGUUGAAGUUUUGCCAGUGUUUCCUGAUUUUAAUUUGUGGAAAUAUCCAUCUGCUCAAGUUAUUUUCGACUCAGAUCCAGCUCCUGUUGGUAAACAGGUGCCAGCGCAAAUUGAAGAAAUGUCUCAAGCCAUGAUAAGAGGUGUGAUGGACGAAAGUGGGGAGCAAUUCGUCGCUUACUUUUUGCCCACGGAGGAGACGUUAACCAAGCGCAGAGAAGAUUUUGUCAACGAAAUUCCUUACCAAGACGACGAAGAAUAUGAGUACAAAAUGGCCAGAGAAUAUAACUGGAAUGUAAAAAGUAAAGCCAGCAAAGGUUAUGAAGAGAAUUACUUUUUAGUUAUUAGACCAGAUGGCGCUUAUUACAAUGAAUUAGAAACGCGUGUACGAUUGAGUAAACGUCGUCAAAAGGUCGGCCAACCUGCAAGCAAUACUCGUCUAAUCGUAAAACAUAGACCAAUGGACGCUAACGAAUUCCGGAUGCAAAGAUACCGGGAGAAACAGCUGGAACCGGCAGGCGACGAAGACGAAGAAAUGGAAAUGGAACAGAACGACGAACAGCAGGAAAACGACAAAGAGAGCGAUGCAGAAUCAUCGCGAUCGAAAUCACCUUCAAGAUCAAGAUCCCAGUCACGUUCCAGAUCCAGGUCUAAAUCUCGUUCGAGGUCACAGUCAAAGUCACCAUCGCGAUCAAAAUCUAGAUCGAGAUCACGAUCUAAAUCCAGAUCGAGGUCCAGAUCUAAAUCUGCAUCGAGAUCUCGCUCGGGUUCACGAUCACGUUCCGGUUCGCGAUCGCCUUCCAAAUCACCUUCUAGAUCUAGAUCAGGCUCUAAGUCACGGUCGGUCUCUAGAUCCAAAUCCAGGUCCAGAUCAAGAAGUAAAUCGCCGUCGAGAUCUAGGUCCAGGUCGAGGUCAAGAUCAAGGUCGGCGUCCAGAUCUGGGUCCGGGUCUGAAUCUGGAUCAGGUUCAGGAAAUAAAUCAGAUAGUGAAUAGAUUUUUAUCAUGCCAUUUCCAUUGUGUAAUUCAUCUUUAUAUCAUUUUAUUGCGAAAACUACUUUGUAAUUUUAUUUAUGGACUCGAUUCACUGUUGUAUGUACUUGUUUCUAGAGUGUAAAUAAUUGAAUAAACUUUAUUUCAACAA